AUGGGUUCCGUCACAGAGUUCCCAUUGGGUCCUCACCUCCGGUAUCCCAUAACCAUCACCAGGCUGAUCUACAAUCCCGGCGAUGAGGUCAAGAAGGGCUCCAAUGCCAUGGAGUUCUCGUACAAGUACAAGAGGGAGGUUGGCGACCAGAUCACGGGCGACAUUCGCCAGGAGGAGCAGACUGGCUUUGCCUCAUGGCCCUGCCCUACCAACGGAACCCUAAAGUCCUGGGACAUCCGCGUCGGCCAAGUCAUUCCCCGUAGCCUCCCCUGCGUCCGCAUUGAGGAGACCUGCAUACACGACAAUCAAUAUGGUGGCAUGUGUCUUAUCUGCGGCAAGAGCACCGACGAGAUUGACUUCUACACCACCCAGCUCGACACCGCCCGUGCCCCAGUCCAGAUGAUCCACGACAACGUCAAGUUGACCGUCAGCCUCGACCGCGCUGCCGAGACCGAGCUGCUGCAGCAGAAACGUCUGCUCGAGCACCGGAAGCUGAGCCUGGUCGUCGACCUGGACCAGACCAUCAUCCACGCCUGCAUAGAUCCUACUGUUGGAGAGUGGCAGAACGAUCCGACGAACCCAAAUCAUGACGCCGUCAAGGAUGUCCAGAGCUUCCAGCUCAACGACGACGGCCCCCGCGGCAUGGCCAGUGGCUGUUCCUACUACAUCAAAAUGCGCCCCAACCUACGACAGUUCCUCGCCAACAUCGCCAAGCUUUACGAGCUACAUGUCUACACCAUGGGCACACGAGCAUAUGCUAUGAACAUCGCCAGAAUCGUAGACCCUGACAAGAAGCUCUUUGGCGACCGUAUCAUCAGCCGGGACGAGAAUGGCAACAUGACUGCCAAGAGUCUGCAGCGGCUAUUCCCCGUCUCGACCAACAUGGUUGUCGUCAUUGAUGACCGUGCCGAUGUUUGGCCCAACAACAGGCGCAAUCUGAUCAAGGUCGUGCCCUACGACUUCUUCAAAGGCACUGGUGAUAUCAACUCUAGUUUUCUGCCCAAGCGCCAGGACCAGACUCCAGCCCCAGAGGCCGUCCAAGAAACGCCUUCGCAGAACGGUGAUGUGAAGCUGAACGCCGAGGGCGACCCAGCAGCGAAAGCCACAGCCGCGACAGCAGCGACAGCGACGGCCCCGGCCCUGGCCCCGGCCGGCACAAACGCUGUUGACGAAGCUGCACUGCUGAAAGCACAGAGCGAAGAGCAGGAGCGGGCUUUGGAGAAGCAGUUGACUGACCGGCCUCUGCUACACAUGCAGGAGAAGCUUGACAAGGACGACGAGGAGGCCGAGAAGGCCGGCGUGGAGAGCGAAAGCCCCGAAGGCGGCCAGACGACGCCGUCGCACCAGCGACAUCACGUCCUUCUCGACGAUGACGCCGAGCUGAUUUACCUAGAAAAACACUUGACGAACCUACACGAGAAAUACUACGAGGCCUACGAGACCCGCGAGAACACUCGUGUAAUACCCGACGUGGGCAAUAUACUCGACGAGCUGAAGCACGAGGUUCUGCGGGGCACACGCAUCGUGCUCAGCGGCAUCGUGCCCAACAACGUGGACAAGUGGAACCACGAGAUCGCCCUGCAAGUAAAGAGUUUUGGCGCGAUAUUGGAAGACCGAAUACACCCUGCAAUCACACACCUGGUAGUCAGCCUCCUUCGGCCGCGGACGGCCAAGGUGCGCGAGGCAGUCAGGAUACCGACCAUCAAGAUCGUCAACCAGAACUGGCUACAGGACUCAAUCAGCCAGUGGGAGGAACUGGACGAGACACCGUACCUGCUGGACCUGCACCCUGCCGACCGGGGAGGCUUGGCGCCCCUGGUCUUGCCUGGCAAGGGCGAGGGUGGCAACAGCCCGGAGGCGAUCGACACCGUCAUGCAAAACGGCGGGGCCGGCGUGGACGAGCUUGAUAGCGCGGACGAGGAGGACGAGCUUGACCCGCGCAGCCCCAUCGAUGAGCUCAAGACAUUUGAUUUCGACGAGGCCGAUGAGGAACUGGCGGCCUUUAUGGAAGAAGACGACGGCGACGAAGACAACGAAGACGGCAAUUCGGAAGAUGGAGGCCGCCAGUCGGAUUCUGAGUUUGAGGACAACAACAGCACGACCUCGGAGACCGCGAGUGACACGGAGUCAAGAGCGAGCGGAGCCAAAGGUGAGGCAGUCAACGGCGCGUCGCCCGGCUCCAAGCGAAAACACGGUGAUGGCAACACGGAAGGCGAGAGAGAUGUGGAAAGCAGCGGUUCUGCGCUGGCAAAGAAGCUGAAGAUGUCGCGGUCACAAGGAGGCAGCAAGCUGCGGUCGGCAUACGAGCCCGAGUCGGAGCCGCAAGCACCAACAGCCGAGGCCACGACGGCAAAUGGCAGCGGUGGAGGAGGUGAUAUUGGCGGGGACGAGGAUGAGGAGGUGGACCUCCUGGAGACGGACGGAGGCGGCAACGAGGACCUGGACGAUAUCGACGAGGCGGAUCUGAUGGCUGAGCUGGACAAGGAAGAGCAAGAGGCGCUCGCAGAGAAGGGCUAG